AGUCGCAGAAUUUUCAUUACGGGAUAGUGCCAUCACUAGGCUGCUUGUGUUUUGUCCCCUAUUUUUUAUAUUAAACGAGAAUAUAAACAAAACAAAUGAAAAUUAACAAUAAAUAUGAGUUCGAUGACGAUGUGGCCUCCAUAUGCGAGUCGACGGCUGCCUUAACGGAGGGCUGUCGGUUACCCGUAAGGAUGCACAAAACAGAUGACUGGCCGCUGGCGGAGAUUGUGAGCAUCAAGGAGCUGGACGGUCGGCGCCAGUUCUACGUGCACUAUGUGGACUUCAACAAACGUCUGGACGAGUGGGUGAACGAGGAGGAUCUGUAUACCCGCAAGGUGCAGUUCCCACGGAGAGAUGGCUCCCAGACUGGCACCAGUACGGGAGUAACGACUCCGCAGCGGCAUCAUUCCCUGGCGGGGAGCGUUUCCCGGCCUACUUCUCCCCAACAUCCUGCGUCUGGAGGUGCGGCCAGUGGGCCUGGAGGAGCAGUGUCAGCAUCAGCAUCAGCAUCGGCAGCAGCUGCAGCAGCAGCGGCAUCAGCAGCAGCCGCAGCAGCGGCGGCGUCGGCGUCGACGGGAGCAACUCCUGUGGCAAGUAGUGGCGGCGAGCUGGUAAACGGCAACAACCUAGCGGCAGCCCUGCAGAAGCGCAUCAACCGGAAGCGGAAGGUGCACGGCGGUUCGGCGCACGGACAUCACGCCUCCCAGGCCCAGCAGCAGCAUGCCCAUCCUCAGACGCCCCAGACUCCCACCACCGCCACACCCGUUCACGUCACAGGCGAUGGCCUGAUCAGCGGGGCGGCGAACGAGGAUGGGGACGGGUCGCAGGAUGGGAAGAUUCCAACGCCCCGGCAAUCCGGUAGCAUGGUCACUCACCAGGACGACGUGGUCACCCGCAUGAAGAACGUCGAGAUGAUCGAGCUGGGCAGGCAUCGAAUAAAGCCGUGGUACUUCUCGCCCUACCCGCAAGAGCUCUGCCAGAUGUCCUGCAUCUACAUCUGUGAGUUCUGCCUGAAGUACCGGAAGAGUCGCAAGUGCCUGGAGCGGCAUCUGUCCAAGUGCAAUCUGCGCCAUCCGCCCGGCAACGAGAUCUACCGGAAGCACACCAUUUCCUUCUUCGAGAUCGACGGGAGGAAGAACAAGGUCUACGCCCAGAAUCUCUGCCUCCUGGCCAAGCUGUUUCUGGAUCACAAGACCCUCUACUAUGACACCGAUCCCUUCCUGUUCUAUGUCAUGACCGAGUUCGAUUCCCGGGGCUUUCACAUUGUGGGCUACUUCUCCAAGGAGAAGGAGAGCACCGAGGACUACAACGUCGCCUGUAUUCUCACGAUGCCACCGUACCAGCGCAAGGGCUACGGGAAGCUCCUCAUCGAGUUCAGUUACGAGCUCUCCAAGUUCGAGGGCAAGACCGGGUCGCCGGAGAAGCCACUGUCCGAUCUGGGCCUGCUGUCCUAUCGCUCGUACUGGGCGCAGACGAUACUGGAGAUCUUCAUUAGCCAGAAUCCGAACACGGAGGGCGAGAAGCCAACCAUAACGAUCAACGACAUCUGCGAGUGCACCUCCAUCAAGAAGGAGGACGUGAUCUCCACUUUGCAGAACCUCAACCUGAUCAACUACUACAAGGGCCAGUACAUAGUGUGCAUCAAUCGGGACACCAUCGAGCAGCAUCGUCGGGCGAUGGAGAAGCGCAAGAUUCGUAUCGAUUCCAAGUGCCUCCACUGGACGCCCAAGGACUGGUCCAAACGCUCCAAAUGGUAAUUACUAAUCGGCUUCUGUGGCUUUUUUGCGCUUAAACUAAUACCGAUUUUGUUUGCAGAACGCUACCGCCGCUUGUAACCCGCUUGCGCCCGCAGAUCAUCACCGGAUGUGAGCCAAUCUCUGCUCCUCCGCUGCUAUCACGCUUCUUCGAAAACUAGGCAUUAAAGAGAAUUAAUUUUAAAUCUAUUGUAAUUGUAUAAAUGGCGUAUAUAUUCCAAAUAUAUUUAUGACACGACCUAA